GUUGCUUAAUUGCGCAACCUUCUGUACACAAGAGGAGGUUCAAACGGGCUCCAACUACUAAAUAUAGCCCCUAUCCGCAGGGCAUCGUCGUUGUCAUCGCCCUCGCUACGUCUCACUUCGCAGCAUCGAAUCCUCUACCGACAUUAUUCUGACACCAAGUCAUCUCACUUCUACGUCCAUACAUCGCCAAUCAAUAUGUCAAAGACGGUUCGAAUUUCAGCAGCCUUUUCCACGAUUUCGUCUAGAUUAGACUCCUUCGGAUGGCCUUACGAAUGUUUCCCUCCCAAGCAGCUGGCAAUAAAUGGAUUUUAUAAAAGCCCAAGCGACAAACCCAACGAGGUCAUCUGUUUCUCUUGCGGGGCGAAGGGGUAUUGUGUAGGUUCUUCUAAUGUAAUCACAGAUAGACAACUACUGGCGAGGCACGAUGAGAACUGUCUUUGGGCAGAUAUGCGUCGGGAAAUCAUGGCACACUCAAGCUCAGUUAUUACAAGACCGACGGACCACUCUGUCGUAGCUGGGCCCCCACAACAGCAACUCGAGACAGAAUGUUCACCAUCCCCGGACAGGUCAUCUCCCUCAUCUUCUCCGCUGUCUACCGCUAACACCACAUCCGUUGAGACGGCUACUGAAUCGAGCCCGACUUCUGCAGAUAGCCUGCGUACUAGAUCCGACAGCACACCUCCAUGUCAACGUCCACAAAGCACAUCACAAGAACCGAUUUCCGACCAAGAUACAUCUGUCGCGACAGCGCCAUACUUCUUUUCCGAGUUCUCGCUCUCUGGACUUCCUACGCAUUCCAGCUUUCAGUUGAGCGUGGAAGGUAGAGAAAUAAGCUCUAAGCUUCGUUGCGAUUAUUGCAUCAACAAUGUGGCUAAGUUGGAUAAGCCGCAAAUGAAGAAGAGAAAGAUCAUAUACGCAGACCAGGCAGGUAGGACGGGUUCCAAGGAGAAAUAAUGCCAAAGAGACGGGCUUAGGAAGCCGCAGGUUGCAGUGGACAAGCUCAUGGAACAAACUUAAUUAGCUACGGUCGCGGCUCUUAUUGACUUUUAAAGGCAUUUUCUAGAUUGUUUACCGCACCUUGGGUUUUUAGGUUCAUAUCAGGUUCAUUUCGUAUCGGCUUCCCAGCUGGCUGGAUGGCAUAUCAAUUUAUUUAGUGACUAUUAGUGGAUGCAAAUAUAAGCUGCAAU